GACUUCAUCCAAUUGUAGCGACUCGCUCCUUCCUCUUUUUGCUCUUCAGCCUUACCUCGCACCACUCGUACCUCCACCAUGUACAUAACCUCGCAGACGCUGCGGACCAUUGCCUGGUCCGCCCUGACUAUCUCCGCGGCUCGCGCACAAUAUGUGAUAGACAAUCUCAGUUUCGGUCAAAAGGAGGGACAACCGAUUUCGCCUAAUCUGCGUGGAAUUCCUCACUGGUUUGUCAACGGCGAUGGCUACGAGCCCGAGAUCCUUUCCGACCGCAUUCUCCUCACACCUCCAUACCCCGGAAACAAGCGGGGUGGUCUCUGGACCGAAGAACCUCUACACCAUACCGGCGAUUGGAAAGCGGAGCUCGACUUCCGUGCGGCAGGAGUGGAUCGCGCGGCAGGAAACCUGCAAUUGUGGUAUGUGAGGGAGUCGCAGAAGGGCCAGUCGCCGAACUCGUUGUACACCGCACCGAAGUUCGACGGUCUCGUGCUGGUCAUUGAUCAGUACGAGGGGAGAGGAGGUUCCGUGAGAGGGUUCCUGAACGAUGGCAACGUUGACAUCAAGUCGCACACCGACCCGGAUACACUCGCAUUUGGGGUAUGCAACUAUGCAUACAGGAAUCUGGGUCGUUUGAGCACAAUUACGCUCAAGCACGCCAAUGGACUGCUCGAGGUCGCAGUAGACGGAAGCCCUUGCUUCGCCACGGACAAGAUCAAGCUUCCCCAAGGCUACUACUUCGGUGUCACCGCAUCCAGCGCCGAGAACCCGGACUCGUUCGAGGUUCACAAGUUUAUUGUAUCUACGACGAAUUCGUACACUCGCGAGGAGCCUAGGCGCGGAGGAUACCAGCCCCCUCAACAGCAGCAGCAGCAGCAACAGCAACAGCAACAACAACCGCAGCAAGGAAACCCAUCGUACAGUAACAGCGAGAUUCCUCAAAUGCUCUCCGACGUCUUAGCUGGCAGCAUUAAAUCCUCGCAGGACCAAUUCGCCGACCUGCACAACCGCAUCCAGAUCAUCAACAACCGCGUCAGCGAGAUCCACGACAUGCUUGCCCGCAUAGAGCAGUCCGAGCAGCAGCGAUAUAACGAGCUGACCCAGCGCUUCAAGUCCUUGGACGACCGGUCCGCGGCCAUGAUGCACAACCUCGAGAAGACGGAGCGCACGGGCAUGAAGGUGCUGUCAUACCUCGAGGGCAACGACUUCAAGGACACGUUGAAAUCGGUGCACAAAGCGAUUGAGGAUAACCACAACGCACUGUCCUCGAACAUGCCGCUCGCCAUGGCGCAUAUCGUCGGAACCCACAAGAUAAGUCUGUCCACCUACAUCUUCGUCGCCGUUGCCGUGCAAGUCAUGGUCGUGGGCGCGUACAUGGUAUACAAGUCCCGAAGGAAGAGCGCACCUAAGAAGUACCUAUAAACUAUUUAUCAACCGUCCGUAUACUACUCCAAUACCCCACAAUCGAUCCCCUUCUACUUGUUGUCUUGUUUUUCCAGUUUUCGGGAUUGUCUGUUCAUAGCGAACGACCGGGUAGAUGCUCCGGUGGAUGGAUGGACGGAUAGGUGGACAAGCCGGACGCCAGGGGAGCAGAGUAGCAGAGACCAGCAACACGUGUGUGCAUCAUUGGCGUAUAUAACAGCUCUGCACAAAAAGUAAGGAGAGGGAGAUAGAAACAUAUCAAACGAGCGAAGGAUAAAUUACAUCACAUCUCACAUAUCUCUUCCCAGCCCGUGAUUUGGUCAUAUGAAUAGAUCUAACUACCCAUCGAU